CUUCGUUUCCAGGCGCUCAAUCGCGUACGAUCCUUUCGCAAAACGAUGCGAGUACAUGCACGAGACUCGAUCCGGUAACGAUGAAGCAGGACGGGCACAUUUUGAUCCCAUUUAGAGGAGGGUUUCGUUGCAAAACGUGUUUGGAAGGCAGCUAGCUAACUGGGCUAACACGCUUUAUUCUAGUGCAUAUGGCUCCAGUUGGUUGCAUUAUGUUUGAAGCAGAAAAUACUAAUAACAAAUUAAUGCGGUCGUCUCGACCCCUUCGGUUUGCUAGACAUUUUGUUGUGGAAAUUUGGCUCAGGUUUUUCAGCUAGACCAAGCAUCUAUUCCUCAGCCCCAAGGAUCAUGGCCAAAGAUGCUGGUCUGAUUGAAGCCAAUGGGGAGCUGAAGGUUUUCAUUGAUCAGAACUUUAGCCCUGGCAAAGGUGUACUUUCACUGGUGACGGUGCAUCCACAGACAGUGGCAGUUGGAAAACAGAUUUUGCCAAAAACACUGGGCCCUUCAAACGUGAACAUCACACCACAUAUGGUCAUCAGCACACCUCAAAGGCCCAGUGGCUCGAAUGUUAUCCUAAUGAACAGCCCGCACACACCCAGCUCUCAGUUUAUCACACAGAGUCAACCAUCAGAAGCCUCGCCAUGGUCCUCGGGAAAGAGGGGGAGGAAAGGGGAGAAGAACGGUAAAGGCCUCAGGCAUUUCUCCAUGAAGGUUUGCGAGAAGGUCCAGCGGAAGGGUGUCACAACCUACAAUGAGGUUGCCGAUGAGCUUGUGGCUGAGUUCAGUUCGGGUGAUAAUCACAUCUCCCCUAAUGAUGCGCACGUGUAUGACCAAAAGAACAUUCGACGGCGUGUCUAUGAUGCACUCAAUGUGCUGAUGGCCAUGAACAUCAUCUCCAAAGAGAAAAAAGAGAUCAAAUGGAUUGGCCUGCCCACCAAUUCUGCUCAGGAGUGCCAGAAUCUGGAGGUGGAGAGGCAAAGACGUUUGGAAAGAAUCAAACAGAAACAGUCACAACUCCAGGAACUCAUUUUACAGCAAAUCGCCUUCAAGAACCUUGUACAAAGGAACCGCCACAAAGAACAACAGACAAAAAGACCCCCAGCUGCCAACUCUGUCAUACACCUGCCAUUUAUCAUUGUCAACACCAGCAAGAAAACAGUCAUCGACUGCAGCAUAUCCAAUGACAAGUUUGAGUACCUCUUCAACUUUGACAGCAUGUUUGAGAUUCACGAUGAUGUUGAGGUGUUAAAGCGCAUGGGAAUGGCCUGUGGUCUCGAGGUUGGCAAGUGUUCUGCUGAGGACCUAAAGACGGCCAGAAGCUUGGUGCCCAAAGCACUAGAACCCUAUGUCAUAGAGAUGGCACAGGGGCCAAUCAGUAAUGUCUAUAUGACGGGGACAUCAUCGACUAACGGAGGCCGAUAUCAUGUUGGGAGUGACAUUGGUGCAGAUGCCACAAUGGCCUCUAGUUCUAAUGACUCCCACUACAGCGGAUCUCGUGUCGAGACCCCCGUUUCUUACAUGGGCGAGGAUGACGAGGAUGACGAUGAGUUUGAUGAAAACGAUGAUGACGACUAAACCCAUCGCUUGUUCACCUGUCCAUCGUGCACAAAUUCUUUCAGCCGCCUUGUCCGAGGAUCGAUCAACCACGCAGUCCUUUUCCCACUUCUGCAUCUCACUGUAUUUCACUCUUUACCUGAGAAGGGCAUUGAAGAACACGGGCUUUAACAGGAUGAGUUGUUAUCAUCCUGUCUCUCUUAGCUCAGGACGGGCACAUCAUUGGCUGUGUUUUGUCUCCUGGGAAUUCUACUUUUCUGCCGCUGGCUAAAGUUUAGAGGCGUCGCUUUAUCCAGUUGUGGCGCUCCUGCCUGACGUUAUCUGCUCCGAUCCACGUGACGGUCCUCACGAAGAAUUCCCCUCUGACAUAUAGCCAUGAAAAACACUGUUGGAAAAUGUUGUGUGAUAUCUGUGUGAAAUAGUUCUCUUCUCCUUUCGAAUGAUUGUUUUGUUUUUGAAUGUGCUGGCUUGAUUGUUGCAAACUGUUGACUCCAGAACCUAUGAAGCCGGCUGCUAUUUUUUGCCCAAUGGAGGGGCAGGUGUUUGGAUGUGUGGACAAUUUUUUGUAUGCUAACCUGAUGAUUUCUUGCAGGCUUUUUUGUAGAAUUUCCUCUUGUGUGUUUGUCUCCUUGGCGUUCUGAAGAGUGCCGCUUUUUGGAGGACUCUGAGAAGUCAGUCUUUUUGUUUGUUUGUUCUCUUUUGGUUUCAGAGCUUCAUAGGCUGACCAGUCUUAGAGACACCAGAGGAUAUUAGAGACACUUCAAAACCUUAAAGCAGAUAAAGGAAUCUGCUUCGUUUCUUAAAGACAUGAUGUCAGAUCUCCUGAAAAUGUUUUCUAGUGUCCUCUUGUGUCAGUUAUAGCUUGGAGCGUGUAAGAAUAUUAUUGUGUAUUAAAAAGAUAUGGGUUUUAGGUCUGUCUCAACUUCCCUUUGAGAAUUUCAUUUAAAAAAAAAGAAUCCUUGUACUGACUCCUCAGAGCAACUUUUCUGUAAUCUAAUAUAAGUUUCAAAUUUAAAUAUAUAGUAUGUUUUAAGAACUCAAACUCGAUGUGUUUCUUGCGACACUAAUGUAAUACUACUAAUUUCAUUAAACUUUAUUUUAUAUA